ACCGGCUAGUAGCAUUCAAUUCUCUCCUUCUGCUAUACAAGUAGCAGAUGCUAUCGAUCUUGUGCAGCCACAUUAUCUAGCUCAUCAGCUUGCCGGCCAUGGCCAAGCUCGUCGGAGCAACUCUCUACCUCUACCUCUUCCUCUUCCUCCUGCUGCUGCAUCUCCAUUGCCACCAAUGCAAACCUGCUGCUGCUGCGAGCUUCGUCGUCCAUGGCGGCGGCGGAGCAACGGCAAGGGCGGCGGCGGUGAGGGCGGUGUUCGUGUUCGGGAGCUCGCUGGUGGACAACGGCAACAACAACCACCUGAACGGCUCCGGCGCCGUGCGCGCCGACUACGCGCCCUACGGCGUCGACUUCCCGCUGGGCGCCACCGGCCGCUUCUCCAACGGCCGCAACGUCAUCGACGCCCUCGGGGAGCUCCUCCGCCUCCCCGCCGCCGGCCUCCUCCCGCCUUUCGCCGACCCCGCCACCCGCGGCCGCGCCGCCCUCCACGGCGUCAACUUCGCCUCCGGCGGCUCCGGCAUCCUCGACCUCACCGGCAAGAACAAGGGAGAGGUCUUGAGCCUAAAGCAGCAGAUCACCAACUUUGAGGCAGUGACACUCCCUGACCUGCGGGCCCACCUGCAGGGAGCAACCACAGCCACCACCACCACCGGACACAAGAUGAAGGGCCAGGAUUUCUUUGACCAGUGUUACCUGCCCAAGAGCCUGUUUAUCAUUGGGACAGGUGGCAAUGACUACUUGCUCAACUACUUCAACGCUGGUAGUGGGCCCACAAGGGCCCCCUUGUCAGAGUUCACAAGCUCACUCCUCACCAAGCUCUCAAACCACCUGCAGAGAUUGUAUGAUCUAGGGGCAAGGAAGUUUGUGCUAUUCUCCAUCCAACCCCUGGGUUGCACCCCUGUGGUGAGGACCUUCCUCAACGCUACCAGUGAUGCUUGCAUUGAGCCGAUGAACCAUGCGGCGCUCCUCUUCAACUCUGGGCUAAGAUCUAUCGUUAAAAAUCACAAUGGUGGCGUGAGGUCACACAUGCCCGCCGCGAGCUUCGUCUACGUCAAUUCCUACAAGAUCAUUAGCGAUAUAAUACAGCACCCGGCAAAAUAUGGCAUCAGGAAAACGAGUCGAGCUUGCUGUGAGGUGUCGAGGGGAGGCGUGCUGUGUCAGAAGGGGGGGGCCAUCUGCAGUGACAGGACCAAGUACGCCUUCUUCGAUGGGCUCCACCCGACAGACGUGGUGAAUGCCAGGCUGGCACGCAAGGCGUACGGCUCCAACUCGCCGGACAAAGUCUACCCUAUCAAUGUUAAGAAGUUGGCAAUGCUGUAGCAGUAGUAAUAAUUAAUCAUCUCUAAUUGUAAUUAAGUCAUACUUAAUUAGUAUUACUAGCUAGUAGUUGUGAAAUGGAUAAUUAGCUCUAGUGACAUCUAGUAGUAACUUGGUAGCGUGGCCUCUGGUGGCAUAUAUUGAACUAGGUGAAAUCCUGCGUGUUACUACGGGAGUUUACUAAGUAAAAAUAAUGUGUAAGAUAUAUAGCUAGAAUACUAGAUAAUAUAAUCUUAAGAAAGUUAAUGUGGUUUAUAAUAAUUUAAA